AUGUUCGAAGUGCGUUGUUCACCCGUCGAGCUACGGGACAUGCGGGUUUGUAGAUCGCGUCUUAAGGCACAACGAUACGAACAAAUCCCGCAACCCGACCGGUGAACGAAUUUCCAACAUAGUAUUCCGAUCGCAACCGAUAGCACGACGGGGCCGUGGCUUAAUGGUCAAGAACGCUGAACUUAAUAACGUUCAAUAGCCAAAGUACGCGGAGUAAUGAUGUUGUUGUUGAUGACGAUGUUGUUGUUGUUGUUGUUGUUGUUGUUGUUGAUGAUGAUGAUGAUGAUGAUGAUGAUGAUGAUGAUGAUGAUGAUGAUGAUGAUGAUGAGGAUGAUGAUGAUGAUGAUGAUGAUGAUGAUGAUGAUGAUGAUGAUGAUGAUGAUGAUGAUGAUGAUGAUGAUGAUGAUGAUGAUGAUGAUGAUGAUGAUGAUGAUGAUGAUGAUGAUGAUGAUGAUGAUGAUGAUGAUGAUGAUGAUGACCAAUAG